AACAAAUUAAGCAUUUUUUAAAUACUGAACAAGCAAUAUGUUUGUAAAAAGUGAACCUUCUAAUAUGAAACUACCACAGUGCCCUGAAGAAUUUGCUGGUCCAAAAAAUUCGGAAUUUAAUAAAUUUCUUGAAAAUCCACAGCAAUGGUCCAAUGUGCCACUGUUAAAUUACACACCAUUGCAUCAAUUAAGGGAUAACUCAUUGGUACGUUUUAGAGGCAUGAUACAAGAUAUGCAAGAUCCAGAAAUAUAUUUGGAGCGGUACGAAUUAAAAAAAACUGAUGGUUCCGGCACUCGCAUACAGGAGGGUAAAUAUAGAGAUUGUUUAUUGAUGAACAGUGGCGAAGACGUAGUCUACGACUCGAGUUCGAAUGUUCAGGGUGAGAGAAGAACUUUAUUUGUUAUUUCCGUACCUGGCAUAAAUGAUUGGACCAGAGAAUAUGAAGAAAACUGCAACAACCUUAUGUUGCCCGUAAUUAAUACAGAACAGCGUGAAAAGACAGAAGUGCUGGUAAAAAAGAGAUCAGCACCAGAAGAGGAUCACAUGGACAUUGAUUGUGCUACUGGUAACAACACAGUAGCAACUGUAGAAAUCACAAAGCGUCAGAAAGUUGAUAAAGAAGACGAACAAGAGCCGAACACUUCAAAUAAUGUUGGUUUAGGUGCUGAAUAUUUAUUAAAUUCGCCAAUACCUGAACGACCAAGUAAAGCGUGUAUGAUUAAAAUAUAUAAAGAUUUCGAUUCCUAUACCCUGAAUACAGUUAUUGAUGUAAUUGGCUUCCUAUCGGUAGAUCCAUCGCUUGAUGCGUCUAGCAUGGAAGUUGAUAAUUUUGAAAGUACUACAGAAAUACAAGCUCAACAUCCUCCACCUUCAUUAAUACCUAGGUUACAUGCUAUAGCCGUUCACAAUUUACCUCAUGUCAAUCCCUUAAUGGAUAUUCGUUUACCGAUGCUGACUAGUGCUGAUGAAAAUAUAAAUUUGCCACUAGUACAAAAAGACCUACGCAUGCUUUUAACUUUAUGCCUGUUCAAUGAUGACUUGGCUGCAGAUUAUCUCCUUUCACAUCUUAUCUCAACAGUUUAUAGUCGAUGUGAAUUACAAAGUAUUGGUAAAUUUUCUCUUAAUAUUUGCAACAUUCCCAAGGAUGUCCUGGCAGAUUACACAAAACAAUUGUAUGAAAUACUGGAGUUAAUAAUACCAGCAAGUCAUUAUUUACCAAUGACAUUAGAUACCAUGAAUACAGCGUCAUUUGUGCCAAAAAAAGAUUACGAAACGAAUAAACUAGUAUCCGGUUUAUUGCAAUUGGCACCUCAUACCCAUUUAAUACUUGAUGAAACCCAAAUGCAACAGGGAAAAUUAGAAGCCAAUGGUGUUAUGGGUAUACAAAGUAUAGCUCACCUCAUUAAUCAUCAACAAAUUAAAUGCAAUUUUCAAUACUAUGACAUUGACUAUAAUGUCGAUAUACCGGUAUUGGUUUUAAGUGAGGGACGAAGCAUGUUGCCGAGUGAUAUUUCGCUGCCACUGAAAACCGACCCUGAAUCAAUACAACUUAUAUCUGAAACUUUAAAAGCGGCCCAUCACUAUCUUAAUCAAAAUUCACGUUUAGAUCAAUUUCGUCGCUUUUUAACAUUAGCAAAAACAUCUUCAUUUACCAUGAAUCCGGAUGAUACUGAAAUGAUACAAAAUGAUUUCGUUGAAAUGCGUAAGGCCGAUUCAGUGACCAACGCAGACGAUUUGCAUUCAUUAUUGGUUUUGUCACGUCUAUUAGCAAUAGCCCAUGGCAAAGAUAUACUGGAUAAAGAAUCUUGGAACAUGGCUAAAGAAAUGGAAACAAAACGACGUCAACGUAUAAAUGAUUUGCCAAAGUCUUCAUUGCGCGCUCGUCAAUAAAAUAUUUGGAGUUAAUGUUAUGUUAUAAAUAAAAUAAAUAUAUAAAAACUUGUUUCACUA